AUAAUAAACUUAUUUUGAUAGCUAAUGCAUUUCUAAGCAAAUUCCUCAGCGAAGAUUCAAUAUGUUGCCAAAAGAUUCGCUUAUGAUAUCGAAUGCUCAGAAAUAAUAAAAAUUAAUUAACUUUGAAAGGGUCAACUUUAGGACCCACGUUAAUUAGACAUUUUUCUAAUUUUCUUGAUAAAUACUAUAAGCCUUAAGAUAAACGGAACUUUUUCUUUUUAUCAUCUUUUAUAUAUAUAUAUAUAUAUAUAAUUAUGUCAGAUGCGAAGUUGUAGUUAACGUUAUGUUAGUUUUAUAGUUGUCGUCAUGGUAACGAAUGCAGCCUAAGUGAAAACAAAAGUGAAUAGAAACGAUUGAUCUGUGGUUAAUUUCUAUUGUUUGAAAAAAUACAAAUAAAGUAAAAGAAAAAGAUGUCUUUCCGAGAAUUACGCAACUUUACAGAGACCAUGAGAGUGCUUGGAUAUCCAAGAUUAAUAUCGAUAGCUAAUUUUCGCACACCGAAUUUUCCUUUGGUAGCAGAAAUUUUAGUCUGGCUCGUAAAAAGAUUCGAUCCGGAUGUAGAUAUAACCUUCGAGCAUAAUACCGAGGAAGAACGAAUUUUUUUAAUACGUAGUGUCGCUGAAUUUAUGGCAUUAAAUACUAACGUGAAAUUAAAUACGAAAAAACUAUAUCAAGCGGACGGUUAUGCUGUACAAGAAUUAUUAAAGAUAACGAAUCUCUUAAACGAAGCUCAAAAUCGUGGUAGUGAAAAUAUAAAUUAUAAUGAUAAUCGUAAGAUCAUAGAAUUCAACAUUUCUGACGAGAUAAACGAAUUAAAAUCUACGAGACAAUUAGCUAGUCUCUUGACAGUGAAUGGUGCUACGCUUUUUGAUCUUCUUGGCAGAGAAGUAGAACUUCGUGAUAUUAGAAACAACAAAGCUGGUAGACAAUUCGAUACUGCUGAAAUAGAAAAUGCUUUGAAGAAUGUUAUUGAAAAUAUGAGAAAAGAAAUAGAAGAUACUAAAAAACAAAUCGACAAUGUUAAGGAUACAGAGCAAAGUCUUGAUACAAGGAUAGAAAGACGUAGAUCAGAAUUAGAGAGAAAUCAAAAGAGACUUCAAGCUUUAAGAAAAGUUCGUCCUGCUUUCAUGGAAGAGUAUGAAAAGCUCGAAGCAGAGCUGAGAAUUUUAUACAACGAUUAUUUACAAAAAUUUCGAUAUCUUUCAUAUCUAGAACAUUUACACGAGGAUGCAGCUAAGGCUGAACAGGAACGCAUUGAGAAACGACAAGCGGAAACGAAAAGGAAGCUCGAACAGUUGCGUUCGGAGGAUUUAAGCUUCGAAAGCAUGGUUGAAGGAAAUGAUUUAGUCUUUGGGACAGGUCUACAAGAAUCUCCAUUGACUCUUGGCGAAGUUGAGAAACAAAAUAUAGACAAUACUAUACAACAGGGUGCUCGUGCAAAAGCAGAUAUAGAGAAAACGUCGAGAACGCAAAUGUCUCAGCGACGAAUUUACGGCAGCAUGUCUGGUCGUCAACGAGGAACAAUUUUGGAAUCUAACGACAGUGCUGGCUCGCUCGAUAGUGACAGCGAUUUACUUAUUGACGGAGAUCUCGACGACGACGACGACGAUGAGGAUGACGAUGAUCUUUUAAAUUCCGUUAGAGGUACGGAUAUAGGGAAUUACGAACGCAAGGUUGGUCAGGAUAAACGAUCUGUCAGCAAGCUCGAUCAUUCCGAUGAAGAUUUUUAAUUAGAAAUAAUUUUAAUCAUCUUCCGUUGAUUCGACAAAAUCAACAGAAUCGUUCACUCGAUUCGUCAUUUUCUCUAUCUUUAUUUGGUAUGUAUCAUAAAAAAUAAACAAAAUAGAAAAAGAUAGGUAUCAUCGUACACCAUCAUUGUAUCUAUUCCAUAGAUAUUACACGCAGCAUAGAGUAUAAACAAAAAUUGAUGCAAAAAUUGACGCAAAAAUUCAUGCAAAAAGUUGCAUGAUUUUUAUAUAAUCCUUAUAAUAAUAAUAAUGAAAAACAAAGUAAUAUUAUAUUAAUAUUGUUCAAUUAUGAUUGUUCGACGAGCAACGCAUUUUCAUUGAUAAUGAACAAUGACGAGAUACAAAUAAUUAGCGAUAAAUCGUUAAAAUUUUCUUCUAUAAUACUCUUCUAUUGGGUCAUUAAUAUUAAGUAUUUCUAAGUACACAUUGUACAUACAUUAAAUAUGUCUACGUCAGAUAUUGUUCCUAUGGAUAUGCAUAGGGAGUUUGUUUCAACACGUUGUGCGGAUUUUGAGUGCGCUCAUUAUAAAAAAUAAAAAUAAAUGAACAACCGAAAAAAAGGAGCGAAACUUAUACAUAAUCUUGAUGAUUUAUAUUCACAAGAAUUUGUUAACGUGGUAUAUAAAUUAUGAUCGCAAAUAAGAUGACAAAGUGAAAUAUGUUUUAACAUAAAAGAUAUAUAUAUACAUAUUUUGUUCAUAUCAAUUCUCAAAGGAAUAAUAAUUACCAAAAUGAGAAAAGGAUUUUGAAAAUGUUAAGAUAUUGAUGUAUUGAUUUAUUGCCAAUCGUUAAAAGACCUUAGACCGAAAAAAUUAGGCCAUGACUACCGAAUUAACAGUCUUUUGUUAACAGAGAUUGGUUUUCUCUAAAAAGAUAUAAUUCAGUAUAAGCAGCUACAAAACGGCAGCAGCAAAUAGUUAACAGUAGUCAAAUAAUGUUCUGCGGUAAUAAUUUCAAUGGCAGCAUUGGCAUCAGUUGACAAAAAUUAGUCUCGUAUAGAUAUGUAAGUUAAUUCAUUUAUAAUAUAGCUGGUAUGUUUAAAAGAAAAAUGAUUUGUUAGCUGUGCGAUAUACGUUUGAGGCCUGAAAGGCAGCAGAGUAUCAUUGACAUUUAGUAUCGAAAAUUUUGGAUCAUCAUACUUUCUAUCUAACGAAGAAAUACAAAUGCAGUAAAAAUCAAAUCGACUCGCUCGAGAACAUCGUGUGUACUAUAUUAUUGUUAACUUUUCUAACUUUGAAUAUAAUGACUUAUUUAUUGUGCAACAUAUAGAGAAGCUAAAAGUGUUUGAAUAUAGUCCGUUUAUGCGAUAACGUAUUCAACUUGUACAUGAAAUCUUGGUUCGCUUGUCAAUAAUAAUUUUCGAACGAUAGACAGAAAGUAUUGGAUCCGAAAAAAAGAAAAAAGAUAAAGAAGAAAGGAAAAAAUAGAAUGAUUGACUGCCACCGAUGUAAACCCGAUGUAAACCCGAUGUAAGCCCGAUGAAACGUUAGAACGCACGCAUGGAAAUAUAAAAAAGAAAGGA